AUGCCAAUAAGCAGGAACAAGCUGGUUUUACUACUCGUAAUCAUCUGCUUGGAACAAGGAAAACCUGCAGCUCUGUCUCUCUCCAGAGCUCCCAGCUGUGGGCAGAGUCUGGUUAAGCCACAAUCUUGGAAUCAUUUGAACAUUUUCAGUCGCAUUGUUGGUGGAAGUCAAGUGGAAAAGGGUACCUACCCUUGGCAGGUAUCUCUGAAGAGAAGGCAGAAGCAUAUUUGUGGUGGAACCAUCAUCUCUCCACAGUGGGUGAUCACAGCUGCUCAUUGUGUAGCAAACAGAAAUACUGCAUCAACUUUGAAUGUUACUGCUGGAGAACAUGACUUGAGCCAGACAGAACCAGGAGAGCAAACUCUCACCAUUGAAACCAUCAUCAUACACCCAUAUUUUACCAUCAAGAAACCAAUGGACUACGAUAUUGCCCUUUUGAAGAUGGCUGGAACUUUUCAUUUUGGCCAGUUUGUGGUGCCCAUGUGUCUCCCAGAGCCAGGAGAGCAAUUUGAAGCUGGAUUUAUUUGUACAACUGCAGGCUGGGGCCGCUUGGCAGAAAAUGGCCUCCUCCCACAAGUCCUGCAGGAAGUGAACCUGCCCAUUUUGACCCAGAAAGAGUGUUCAGCAGCUCUGUUAACCCUCAAGAAGCCGAUCAGUGGAGGGACCUUUCUCUGCACAGGCUUUCCAGAUGGAGGAAGAGAUGCGUGUCAGGGAGAUUCAGGAGGUUCCCUGAUGUGCCGGAAUAAGAAAGGAACUUGGACUCUGGCUGGUGUGACUUCCUGGGGCUUGGGCUGUGGUCGAGGCUGGAGAACUAAUGUGGAGAAAAAUGACCUAGGAUCCCCGGGGAUCUUCACAGAUCUUACUAAAGUGCUUCCCUGGAUCCACAGACACAUCCAAACUGGGAAACGAAGAAAGAGCUCCAGAGCCUUGUGCAGUGAGCAGGAUGUCGUGGUCAGCAGCUCUGAGGGGGAACUGCACUUCCCAGAGAGAUCCCACCUGUAUUAUGAGAGCAAUCUACUUUGUGUCUGGACCCUGGUAGUACCAGAGAAAAUGCAUAUGCUGCUCAGUUUUUCCCAUUUGGAUGCAGAAUCUUGUCAGCACAGUUACCUGUCAAUACACUCAUUAGGAGACAAUAGACUUAUUGGGAAAUUCUGUGGAGAAGUCCUCUUUUCAUCUGUCCGCAUUGGCUACAACUCUUUACGGCUGAAAUUCAUCUCUGAUAGCACAGAUUAUGCUACUGGAUUUAAUCUCACGUAUAAAGCUCUUAAAUCAAGCUAUCUUCCUGAUACAGGUUGUGGUUCCUUAGUUGUCCUUUUUGAAGAAGGUCUCAUACAGAGUCUUCACUAUCCUCAAAACUACACACACCUGGCUAACUGUAACUGGAUUUUCCAUGCCCCAAAACAUCAUCUAAUUAAGCUUUCAUUUCAGAAUCUGGAAAUAGAAGAAAAUGGAGACUGCAGUUCUGACUAUGUGACUGUGCACAAGGAUGUGGAAAGAAAGAUGGAAAUAGCACGGUUAUGCGGCUUUGCUGUCCCUGCCCCUGUGCUGAGCUCCUCCAGGGUGAUGUUCAUCAGCUUCCAGACAGAUGAAAACAUGACCUUCAGAGGCUUCCAGGCUAAAGUUUCCUUCAUUUCUGAAGCAGGUUUAAACAUUUCCGCAUCUGAGGGUGAGUCAAUGUUUCUGGAGAAUACCUGGAAUGUACUACCUGAAGAAACAAAUGUUUCUGGUGACCUCUACGGAGUCACUUCCUCCCUCCCUCCCAGGUUUCUUUCCAGCUGGACUGUGGGAGCCAAGGAAGCUUCAACUGGCUCCGGGCCAUGGCAGGUCAGUCUGCAGAUUGCCAACAAGCAUCUCUGUGGAGGGGCCAUAAUUGGGAAGACCUGGAUAGUCACCGCUGCUCAUUGCUUCUCCAAUAAGUAA